AUGCAACUCCGAGGGCAGGAGAGGAAGAGAGUGAGAGGGCAGCGGAGCGGGCGGAGUGCGGGCUGCUCGGAGCCGACCCUUUGUCUGGCGUUCUUCCCUCACCGCGGAGUCCUGACAGGCGCCAGAAAAAUGAUGCUUCAACACCCAGGACAGGGUUCAGCUGUGGAGGUCAGCGCAACCGCCAUUGUCCCAUGUCUGUCUCCAACGAUGACGUUCGCAUUUGAAGACUUCACCAACUUGACGCCUCUGGUUAAAGAAGAACUGAGGUACACCAUCCAGAACAAGCGUAUCCGUGCACCUUGCACAUUGGACAGCGUUGUGGUUGCAGAAAGACCCAUAGAAAUGACAGUGGCUAAGACAGAGUUUGUGCCAGAAGAAGACGACAGGAAGAAGAGGAGAAGAGAGAGGAACAAGGUGGCAGCCGCCAAGUGUCGAAACAAAAAGAAAGAGAGAACAGAAUGCUUGCAGAAGGAGUCAGAGAAGCUGGAAUCUAUCAAUGCAGAACUGAAAGCCCAGAUUGAGGAACUAAAGAAUGAGAAACAGCAUCUUAUCUACAUGUUGAACCUCCACCGACCCACCUGCAUUGUGCGAGCACAGAAUGGGCGGACUCCGGAGGAUGAACGCAAACUCUUCAUUCAGCAAAUCAAAGAAAGCACCUUGCAGAACUUAGUGACAGAGGGUGUGAAUUGA